AUGGGACAGUCAGCAUCAAAGGCCGCUUUAACCAAAAACAUGCGUUUGCCGCGCACGCCAGUCCACACACAGCAGCCAGCAGGCGCCGCCAAACCCACAAUCGAACCCGGAACCAGCACUGACAGCACCGGCAGCACCAACAGCACCGUCAACCGGCCAGUUUCCAUGCCCACCCGCGAACAAAUACUAGCCGAGGACGCCCAAGAGCAGCAAGAACACGAGCAGCUCAGCUCCAACCUCAAACGCUUUCUUAACCCAAAGGAGCUCCUAACAACAAUCACACCGGCCAACCCCAAUGAAAACACAAACGUACAGACGCUGCGCAGCAGACGUGAGGACGACGAUAUCGAGGUGGCUGCGGGCACGAGGAAUCGGAUCACAGCUGUGCAGGUUGCAGGGCUUUUGAGAGAGCUGAGGCCCUCUGGUGGAGAAUUGCCGACUGCUGCUGCUACACUUUUGGCAGAAAAGUAUUCUGUGGAUCUCGAUACUUUGCGCAGGUUGGAUGAGUUUUUAAUCCCUUUGCCCAAAGAGCGCUGA